UGUCUGCACAUUUAUCUAUCUAUGUUAACAGUCUUCAGUUUUGUUGGUGAAGCCUGUAAGAAGGUGACAUUAAAUGUACCUUCAACACUAGAGGNNNGGAAGAUAAUUUUCAUAAGUUCACUAGAAGAAUGCCUCAGCUCUGCCGAAGGCAUCAGGACAAGCGAUCCUGAUUUCAGAGUUCUAGAUGAUGGGUCAGUCUAUCCAGCCAGAGCUCUUGUGUUGUCUGGAGAGAAAAGAUCGUUUGUCAUUCAGCUUUCUGACUCAAAGACACAGACACAGAAAGAGAUUCCUGUAAUCCUGGAGCACCAGAAGAAGGUACUGAAGAAAAGACACACUAAGAAUACUGUGCUCAGGAGAGCCAAGAGAAGAUGGGCACCCAUUCCUUGUUCAAUGCAAGAGAAUUCCUUGGGCCCCUUCCCAUUAUUUCUUCAACAGGUUCAGUCUGAUGCAGCUCAAAACUAUACUAUCAUAUACUCAAUAAAGGGGCGGGGAGCCGACCAAGAACCCCGGGAUUUGUUUACCAUAGACAAACACACUGGGAAUCUGUAUUGCAUAAGGCCGGAUGUUUUUGAUUUGACGGCCUAUGCAUACACUGUAGAUGGCUAUUCGGCUGAUUCACCUCUCCCACUGCCCAUCAAAAUAGAGGAUGAAAAUGACAAUUAUCCUCUUUUUACAGAAACAAUUUAUAAUUUUGAAGUUCCAGAAAGCAGUAGAAUUGGUACUGUAGUUGGAGUGGUUUGUGCCACAGAUAUGGAUGAACCUGACACGAUGCACACACGCCUCAAGUACAGCAUCUUGGAGCAGAACCCAAGGUCACCUGGGCUCUUUUCUGUGCACCCUGAUACCGGCAUCAUCACCACCGUCUCUCAUUACAUGGACAGAGAGGUUGUAGACAAGUAUACAUUGAUAAUGAAAGUCCAAGACAUGAAUGGCCAAUUUUUUGGACUGAUCAGUACAUCAACUUGUAUCAUAACAGUGCAAGAUUCCAAUGACAAUGCGCCCACUUUCAGACAAAAUGGAUAUGAAACUUCUGUGGAAGAAAACACAUAUAAUGUUGAAAUCUUGCGCAUACCUGUAGAUGAUAAGGACUUGAUUAAGAGUGCAAACUGGAAGGCAAAUUUUACCAUCUUAAAAGGAAAUGAAAAUGGACGAUUCAAAAUCACAACAGACCCAGAGACUAAUGAGGGUGUUCUAUGUGUUGUGAAGCCACUGGAUUAUGAAGAAAACCAUCAAGUGACCCUAGAGAUUGGAGUGAACAACGAAGCUCCACUCAUCAGAGAUGUUGCAAGCCGAGUACCCACCAUGAACCGAGCCUUGGUGACAGUUCAUGUGAGAGAUCAGGAUGAGGGGCCAGAAUGCAAACCCCCUGAGCAAUAUGUUCGGAUCAAAGAAAACUCAGCUGUGGGUUCCAAGAUCAAUGGCUAUAAGGCCUACGAUCCUGAAACCAAGAAUAGCAAUGGCUUAAGGUAUAAAAAACUGCAGGAUCCUAAAGAAUGGGUCAGCAUUGAAGAAGUUUCGGGGCUGCUUACAAUAUCAAAAGCCCUAGACAGAGAAGCCAUGGCUCCAAGAAAUGACUUAUAUAAUAUCACAGUCAUGGCAAUAGACCAAGAUGGUAAAUCGUGCACAGGAACACUAGCAGUGAACAUUGAGGAUGUGAAUGACAAUGCACCCGAGAUAAUUCAAGAUUACCUUGUCAUCUGCAAACCAAAGAUGGGGUAUGCGGACAUUUCAGCUAUGGAUCUUGAUGAGCCUGUCCAUGGCCCUCCCUUUCAGUUCAACUUGGCAAGCUCUUCUCCAGAAGUCAACAGGAUCUGGACACUCAACCAAGUUAAUGAUACAGCUGCCCGCCUGUCCUAUCGGAAAAAUGCUGAAGUUCAAGAAUACUCCAUUCCUGUUACUGUAAAAGACAGAGCAGGCCAAUCUGCAACCAAAAUCUUGAGAGUUCCGAGCCAGUGUGCGGCCAGGUCCAGGAGUGCAGGCAUCACCUUGGGGAAGUGGGCCAUCCUUGCCAUCUUGCUGGGCAUCGCACUGCUAUUUUCGGUACUGCUAACUUUGGUAUGUGGAGUUGUUACUGCCCGGAAAGGAAAACAUUUUCCUGAAGAUUUAGCACAGCAAAACUUAAUUAUAUCAAACACUGAAGCACCUGGGGACGACAGGGUGUGCUCCGCCAAUGGAUUCACCAUGCAGACUGCCAACAACUCUAGCCAAGGCUUCUGUGGCACAAUGGGAUCGGGAAUGAGAAAUGGUGGCCAGGAGACAAUUGAGAUGAUGAAAGGACACCAGACCUUAGACUCCUGCCGUGUGGCUGGGCAUCACCACACCCUGGAUUCCUGCAGAGGAGGACACAUGGAGACUGACAACUGCAGAUACACUAACUGGGAGUGGCAUAGCUUCACUCAGCCCCGACUUGGUGAAAAAUUACAUGCAUGUAAUCAAAAUGAAGACCACACCCCAUCCCAAGACUACUUCCUCACCUAUCACUAUGAAGGCAGGGGGUCUCCAGCAGGUUCUGUAGGCUGCUGCAGUGAAAAGCAGGAAGAGGAGGGACUCGACUUUUUAAACAACUUGGAACCCAAAUUUCUCACAUUGGCAGAAACUUGCACAAAGAGAUAA